GAGCCUGCGCGAUUCAGCGGCUUCGCAGUUAGCGAGCUAGCUAGGUUCACUAAUGACAAUAUUUAAUGAAAUAUGAAGGCCUUCGAGACGUUUUGAUGCGUACAGUGGGAUUUUUUUUGCCUAAAUCGGGAUGUCCAUUUACAGCUUUUGGUUACUAUGAAGCUAUAGUGUUUGCAAACAGAGGCCACCUGAAGAAUAUUCAGAUAAGAGAGAAGAGGAGAAAAUAGUACAUCAUCUCAAUCUAAUCUCGCUUUAAGAUACAACGACAUGGCACUGAGAGAGCUGAAAGUUUGUCUCCUUGGGGAUACUGGAGUUGGAAAAUCAAGUAUUGUUUGUAGAUUUGUGGAGGACAGUUUUGACCCAAAUAUCAACCCAACUAUUGGCGCAUCAUUCAUGACCAAGACAGUGCAAUACCAAAACGAGAUGCAUAAAUUCCUAAUCUGGGACACGGCAGGACAGGAGCGGUUUCGUGCUCUGGCGCCAAUGUACUACAGAGGUUCAGCGGCGGCCAUCAUUGUCUAUGACAUCACAAAAGAGGAUUCCUUCCAAACUCUGAAGAACUGGGUGAAAGAGCUUCGCCAGCAUGGACCUCCUAAUAUAGUGGUCGCCAUUGCUGGCAACAAAUGUGACCUGUUAGACUCCAGAGAAGUGCCAGAAAAAGAUGCCAAGGACUAUGCUGAUUCCAUCCAUGCAAUCUUUGUGGAAACCAGCGCCAAGAAUGCCAUAAACAUCAACGAGGUGUUUGUAGAGAUAAGUAAGAGGAUCCCUGUUGCUGACAGUGCAGCAGCAACAUCAGGCAAAAGUUUCAAAUUGGGACGGCAGGUCUCAGAGUCUCGAAGGACAUGCUGCUGAUAAUUUUGGUGGCUGAACUCAACGUGACCUAAGAACUAAGCGUUACCUGCCCCACUAUUCUCCUGGUUUGCUUCAACUUAAAGACACAACACAAUGUAAAAUGUUUUUUUAAAAACCCCAACAAACACUCAUAUCUGGUCACUGCAGCAUGACUCGGACAACAGCAGCCAAGACCUUUUUUUUCUAAACAUCAUGAUUCAUAUUAAAAAUGAUUGAGGAAGAACUUUUCAGGUUUUUAACCAAACAUUCAUACCUUAAUGGUGAUAUGUGAAACUUUUCAGUGUUCUCCAUGGGAGUCAUUUAUACUUGUACACUUGUACAUUUGUAAAAAACAAACAAAAAAACAACAAUAUUUUCUGUCAGCAAAAACUAAUAAUGAUGCAUUGAAGUAAUUUUCAGUUAUUUUUAAAAGUUCUAAGUUAUUUUUUUUAGAUAAAAAGAUUAUCUUAGCUUCAUGAAGGAUCUCCUCUUUGAAGUUUAUAUGUAAUUUAUUUAUAUGCUCCUUUUAUUGCCUGUUUUUUUAUUUGUUCCAGACAAAGCAACCCUGCUCCCCAAACCCACCACACGUGCUCUAGAUGCAAACAAUAAUGCAGAAAUGAAAGAUGUGUGGGAGCCUACUUCCUUUACACCGAGGGAAUACUUCAACAUUUUCGUUGAAAUGUGAUGGGACACUUUGGUAAAUGUCCCAUCACUUGAUUAAGUUUAAUAAGUCUCAGUUAUUUUAUGUACCUUGUCCAGAAUGUGGACUAAAAUUAGAGUUAGUUAUUGGGACAGAAACAGGCUAACCUGCGUUAAAAAUGUCUAAAGUCUGUGAGCAUGCCUGUUAGAAGUCCUUAUUUAAAAUUGCUGUUAUUCUUCUCUGUUUGGCUUUGAAGGAAUAGUCUCUUUGGCACUUGUAAGGUUCCUGGGAAUAAUACGUUAUUACUGUAAUUUAACCUCUUUGAUCAGAAGAACCUCACAAGCAGCAGCUCUGUGUUUAAUCAGAGCUUUAAACAGUGGCUAAUUAUUCUGUGUUAACGCCGCCAUCUCCUGCCAUCUGUUCUGCAUUUCCUCAUUAUAGUCACAGAAGACGCCCUCCGCUUCACAUGUCCUUCACAUGUUCAUCCUUCUUUUACUCUCCAAACUGUUUAAUGGGGAAAGCAGUUUUUUUCACUGAUUCUUUAAUUGUCCAAUAAAGAUGUUUUCAUCCUUCCUUUUUUUCCCUAAUCAGCACUGCCUUGCAUGUCCAAGUGCUGUUUUACUACUUGGCUUAUGAUGAAAAUACUGAGAUCUGGAAAUGAGGCCUCGUUUAAAGUAAACUUAUUUUAGAGCUCUGAGAAAGCUUCAUCAGAUGUAGUUUUGUGUUAACAAUAUUGACCCCUCACUGAACUUUGAACUGUAUUUCACUCUAAAUGACUGUGAGCUUGGAUUGUCUUUUUUUGUUUUGUUUAUUGUGCCUCGUUCUUCACCAGGGCCUUAAUUCUUGCUUUAAUUGUUGUACACAAUCUGAGUUUUGGAGCCGUUUCUUGUCCUUUCCAUGAAUUUAAUUCUGCAUUGCGUUGCAGUGGAAGAGUAAUUUACCCUUUCUUCUAACAUGAACUGGACUUUUUGUCUUUGUAUGUCCACAAUUAGCUUUUUAGAUCCAGUUGAAAAUGCAACUGAAAGAGAACAAAUGUUGGAAUAUUGAGACAGAAGCUCAAACUGCGUUUUUUCCUUUACAAUCAGUGUAAACCCCUCUUUCCCUUUCUCUACGAGUUUAGGUAGAUGUUGUAUUAUGGUGUUUGGUCAAUGUUUUGCUCAGACAUACAACAGCCUUUGCUCUUUAUGACACUCCUGCUGAAGAAGGAAUAAUGCUAAUUUUUGUUGCCUUUUGUUUUAAACUCUGACUCAUACUUAAUUGGCAGGUUUAAAUCAGAAAUCAUUUUUGUUCUAGCUAUUUUCUAACUUGUGAAGACCUGAGAACCUGAAAAAGCAUUUCAGGUUGUUUUGAUUGUCCAAAUCACAACUUUGGCAAAUGUAGAGAAGAGGGACAGCACUUUAGUAGUAUAAACGCUGCACUUUGGUAAAUGUCCCAUCACUUGAUGAAGUUUGAUAAGUCCCAACUAUUAUAUGUACCUUGAUUUUUAUUUCUUACUUUUAAGAUUUUGGUGCCAAAGCCAUCUUAGCACAUUUACCCAUCUUGACUGUUGAUGUGAUAUGAUAUACAGUUUCCUUAUAACCCAUAUCGUUUUUCUGAUUAUUUCAACGGCGCAACAUUAAUAAUGCACCAUUUUAGAUUUUGUGGUUAAAAUUAACAAAAAGUCUUGGGCUGGCCCUAGGAAUCAGAUCAGUCUCUAACAUGUUCAUUUUACAGUGUAGAUAUCUGCCAUCAGAUUGCACACAAUCCUUACUCUUUAUUUCCCGUUGUUUGUGCAAACACAAUAUCUCUGUACACCACAUUGAGUACAUAUAUCAGCAGUGUAGCUACUAUAUUUAGCUUUUUAUUUUUUCAUAUUGAU